CAUCGGUUUAGAAUCGCGUGUAAAUACGAGAUAGGCUACAUAACCUCUUUAGGCUGUCUAAACGAAAAAUUUAAGUUAAUCGGUAAAGUGCGUUUUUUCUAGCGACAUAAAUUAAAUAUGUUUCGUUUUGGAGCGAGAUGUUCCUUCAUCGUCAGAAAUUUUAGCACAAAGCUCGAUGAAAUAGGCAAUCUUGUUAAAAAAAAUAAAGUAGUUGUCUUCAUGAAAGGCGUACCGGAAGAACCAAGAUGUGGAUUUAGCAAUGCUGUGGUUCAAAUAUUGCGAAUGCAUGGUGUUACUUAUGAUGCUCACGAUGUUCUUAAAGAUGAAACUCUUAGACAAGGUAUAAAAGACUUUUCCAAUUGGCCCACAAUACCUCAGGUAUAUAUAAAUGGUGACUUUGUGGGUGGCUGUGACAUACUGUUAGAAAUGCACAAAAAUGGUGAGCUUAUCGAAGAGUUAAAAAAAGUUGGAAUUACAAGUACUCUUUUGGAAAAAGAAGAAUCCUCUCAAGGAGGGAUAAACAAAUCUAAAGAAUAAAUUCAACUUGAUUAGCGUAUAAGUAAAUAAUUGAAUCUUUCAAUCUUUGAAUCAAUGAUUGUUUUUUGUUGUAAGAAACAUUUUUUUUGUUAAUAUUAAUCUUAAU